CCCAGUGACGUAUCCAGACGUUUCGUUUGGAAAUGGCAUCGUUGUGAUGUCAACUACGUGCAGUUGUCAUCCACCGACUCGCACUAGGCCAUAGCUUAAUUAAUUUUACUUACACACUAUUUAUCGAUAUACCGAACUACGCUUGCCGGACGCUGUUCGCCAUCAGUGAUAUUAUAUACAGACAUCCUAGGUAGCCACACAUUUUUACAAUGAGCUUAAAAGCGGACAAAGACAAGACGAAACAACUGCAGGACAAGUGCCUGUCGGUGCUGAACGCGCUGCUUCGGGACGAGGAUAACAAAUAUUGCGUGGACUGCGACUCCAAAGGUCCAAGAUGGGCGUCAUGGAACCUCGGAGUAUUCCUCUGCAUUCGUUGUGCUGGCAUUCACAGAAAUCUUGGCGUACAUAUCUCAAAAGUAAAGUCUGUGAACUUGGACUCCUGGACACCCGAGCAAGUUGUUUCUCUGCAACAGAUGGGCAACUCUCGUGCGCGCGCUGUCUACGAAGCCAACUUGCCGGAUAAUUUCCGACGCCCGCAGAACGACUCCAGUCUGGAGACGUUCAUUCGCGCUAAAUACGAACACAAGAAGUAUAUCGCGCGUGAGUGGGUGCCGCCUACGUUGCCGGAGGUCAACUGGGAGAAAGAAAUUGAUGAGGAGAUCGAACGUCAGAAGCGUAAGAAAAAGAGCGCGGUUGUUGAAAAGAAGUCGCUGGGCGCUGUCGAAGUGCCGCAAUUGCCUAAGCCGAAGAACGCCAGCCCGAAACCGGGGCGCGUACAGAGUACGUCGGUCGCUACGCAACCGGCUAAGAGCGCUACCCCGGAGACCAAAAGCAGCAACACGUCCGACUUGUUAGGCUUACAAAACGGCGAUGAUAGCUUUAGUAAUUUUCUUUCAGCGCCUGUGCCCACCAACAACUCAGCGAACAACGCGACACCGAAAAAGGAUGAGAAGGAGGUCGUAGAUAUUAAAAGCGAGGAAGAAAGCUUCUUCAAUCAGACUGUGCCCACUGAGAAAGAAAAGGCAAAGCUGACAAAAGACAGCAUUUUAGCUUUAUACGCCACGGCCCCUCCGGUUAAUAACUUCAAUCCUAGCUUUAAUGCGCAACCGGCCCAGUUCAAUGCGAAUUUCUCGGCUGGCCAGUCGAAUUUUCAGAAUUUCAACGCGUUCGGUCAAAAUGUGCCACAACAACAACAGAAUUUUGCACCCAUGCAGAAUGGUAUGCAAUUUGGGGCGAAUCAAUUCUCACAACAGCAAACUCAACAACCACAACAACAGCAGCAGCAACAUUUUCAACCUAACCAGUUUAGUAGUCAACAAUUUGGCAUGCAAAACACAAUGCCAGUACAACAACAGCAACAAGCACCGAAUUAUCAGUUUACCAAUCAAUUCACUCCCAAUUCAGGUGGAAUGAUGACGAAUAAUCAGUUCCAGCCUAUGAACCAGUUCCAGUCCACGCAACAGCCGCAGGGUAGCAACAAUAUGUUCCCGAAUGCGAUGCAACCGCAGGCGAAUCCGUUCUUCAAUCAGUCGACGCUGCCCAUGCAGUUUGGCAACAUGUCACUCGGCGGAGCGAAUGGUUCAGCCCAACCGACCGUCACCACUAACAUAUGGCAAUGAUGGUAACUUGAUAACCACUCUUUAGUAUUAGAAAAAGUACCCUGGAACCAUCCCAUGUUUUAACCGUAUGAUUUGGAAUUAUUUCUCUCCAAAUGAAAGCGAAUCUAAGUGGUGAAAUUUUGCAAUAAACAAAAGCAAAACAGUGGGAUUUGUGAGAAAACUGUCGUCCGUCGCCACGAACGCAAAUUUAAAUGUACGACCACAAGGGAAACCUAUCCGUUCGAGUAUUUUUUUAAAUUCCGAAUUUAUCUAGACAUGAGACGGAAACUUAUAAAUUUACGACUUACUAGGUUUAUCAAUGUGAAACAAUGGAAUCGCCUAAUUUGAUCGCCGCUCAAUUAUUGCUAUCGAGAGCGUGCGUGCGGAUUAGGCGACUCCUUAAUGGCGAGCAAGUGUGUACUCUACUAUAUUACUACAUAUGUGUAAAAUGCAAUUGUCUAAUUGUGUUCGAAUUUAUUUAUUUUAUUUUAUUACUUACGUGAACUUGGACUUGCUCUCGCGAAUGCAAUGAAAAUUAGGUCGAGUGUGGUCGCGGUCAUACUGCGUGGGGGUCGUUGCAAUAAUUAUUCCAAAAUGGCGGACAGCAAAGCGUUUGUUUCGUUAAUCGUUAUCUCGGUGAAGUAAAAAGAAAAUAAUAUGGAAGCAAAUGAUCUACAAAUAUGUACUGAAUUUUAUAACGGGUUCUCUUGAGUUGGAUUAAAUUGGCACUACAAUAUUAAUUAAAAUAUGUUUAGGCUAAAGAAACCUAUGUUGUACAUUUAUAAUGUCUAACAGAAUAUACAAAUAUGAAAAAUA